CUGCCUGAGUCCUCGUCAGCAUGCGGUCGCUCUCCGUCUGGCUCUCUGUCGCCCUUGCCACUGUGGUCGUCGCCGUCCCGUCCAAGGACGGCGCGCACAAGCUCAAGGAGAGCAUCCCCGCGCCUCGCGGUUGGACCAAGUCUGCGCCCGCUCCCGCUGACCACAUCAUCGAGCUCCGCAUCGCGCUUCCUCAGCCGAACUUCGCCGAGCUCGAGCGACACCUCUACGAGGUCAGCGAUCCGUUCCACGACCGCUAUGGCCAGCACCUCUCCAAGGAGGAGGUCGAGUCUCUGGUUACGCCGGAACCUGAGAGCGUUCACCUCGUGAACGAGUGGCUUGCCUCUCACGGCCUCUACGAGGACAGUCUCUCGCGCUCUCCCGCGAAGGACUGGGUGCUCGUUAAGGUCCCAGUGACCCUUGCCGAGGCUAUGCUUAAGACGGAGUACCACGUCUGGACUCACGACGCGUCCGGGGAGUCUGUGGUCCGCACGACCGAAUACAGCGUCCCCGAGCAUCUCGACGCCCACGUCGAGCUUGUUCAGCCCACGACCAUGUUCUCGCGCAUGCGCAGCCUCAAGACCACCUUCCACAUCAACGAUGUUCAGGAGAAGGUGGCAGCGGCUCCUGCUGCGGCCCCUCCCAUCAGCAUCCCGUCUGCGUCCGGCGGACAUGUUGACGCCAGCUGCAACCAGACCAUCACCAUCACCUGCUUGCAGCAGCUGUACAACGCAGUUGGUUUCACUCCCUCGACCAAGCACGGCAACGAGAUCGGUAUCACUGGCUAUCUCGAGGAGUUCGCGAACAUCCAGGACCUGCAGUCGUUCUACGCGGACCAGCGCCCCGACGCCCUCAACAGCUCGUUCACCACUGUUCUCAUCAACGGUGGCUUGAACAACCAAACCUUGUCCGAGGCUGGUGGCGAGGCUAACCUCGAUACGCAGUUUGCCUACGGCCUGACCUUCCCCACCCCUGGUACCUUCUGGUCCACCGGUGGCCGGCCCCCAUUCAAGCCCGACACAAUCACUACCACGGACACGAACGAGCCUUACACUGAGUGGCUUGACUUCGUUCUCGCUCAGCCUAAGCUCCCUCAGUCGAUCUCCACCAGUUACGCCGACGACGAGCAGACCGUGCCCGUGAGCUUCGCGAAGCGUGUCUGUGCCGGCUUCGCCCAGCUCGGUGCUCGCGGAACUUCGUUGAUGUUCAGUUCCGGUGAUGGCGGUGUCGGUGAUGGCGAGGAGGACCCCGCGCUCCAGGAGUGCUUCACCAACGACGGCCGCAACGCUACACGCUUCGUCCCCCUCUUCCCGCCCUCUUGCCCCUUCGUUACCGCUGUCGGCGGUACUAUCCACGUCCCUGAAACCGCCGUGUUCUUCUCAGGCGGUGGAUUCAGCGAUCUCUUCCCCCGUCCGGCGUACCAGGAGCUUGCAGUAUCGAAGUUCCUGAAGACCCUCGCUCCCGGAACCUACAAGGGUCUCUUCAACCCCAACGGCCGCGCCAUCCCCGACGUCGCCGCGCAGGCAGACCUCUUCCGUGUCUUCCUCUCUGGACGGCCCGUGUCUAUCGGAGGCACCUCCGCCGCCGCGCCGACGUUCACCGGCAUCGUCUCUCUCCUGAACGCGGCCCGCCUCGAGAAGGGCCUGCCCCCGCUCGGGUUCCUGAACCCGCUCGUGUACGCCAUCCAGGCACUCGACCCCACCGCGUUCAACGACAUCACCGUCGGCAACAACCCGGGCUGCGGCACGCCGGGCUUCAACGCGACGAAGGGCUGGGACCCCAUCACGGGUGUCGGCACGCCCAACUUUGGGAAGCUGAAGGAUAUUGUGACGCUCGACUUCUUGCACAUCCCGGGCCUGUGAGGAGGGAAUGCAUGCAUUUACGUCGAGAAUGUAGCUGUUGUAGGAAAGAAAUAUACCACUGAACACC